AGCGCAGGGCGCGCCCGGUGGGCGGAGCUGCUCGGCGCGCCUCUACUUAGCACUUCUGCGCUGGGCCCGCACUCGCUGCGCGGUCUCGCUGCUGGAGUCCCGGCUCCGUCUCGGAACAAUGGGUGAGCGAAGGCGACUUGUGGGCUGCCUGGCUCUGAUGAACCUCCUCGGCUUAAACAUUCUUGAAAAUUGCUGUGAAGCAUACAAUGUGGGCCUCGAAGGAGCUAAAGUGUUUUCUGGCUCACCAAAUGAACAAUUUGGAUAUUUAGUUCAACAGCUUUCAAACCAAGAAGGCAAAUGGUUGCUCGUCUCUUCACCCUGGAGCGAAAAUAGAAUGGGAGAUAUCUAUAAGUGUGCUGUUCAUCAACAGGGAUCCAGAUGUUUAAAGAUGGACUUGCAGACUGUUACAAGCAUACCAGACGUUAAUGAGAUAAAGAAGGACAUGAAUCUAGGAUUAACUCUAGUAAGAAAUCCCAAAACUGGAGGCUUUUUGACAUGUGGUCCUUUGUGGGCUCAACAGUGUGGAAGCCAGUACUAUGCAACAGGAAUCUGUUCUGAAUACAGUCCAAGCUUUCAGAUCCUGAGAAGUUUUUCGCCUGCAGUACAAAACUGUUCGUCGGCCAUUGACGUGGUGGUGAUAUGUGACGAGUCAAACAGUAUUUAUCCAUGGGAAUCUGUGAAAAAUUUUUUGAAAAAAUUUAUCCAAAGUUUAGAUAUCGGGCCCACAAAAACACAGGUAGGCUUAAUUCAGUAUGGCAAUUUCCCCAGAAUCGUUUUCAACCUGAACACGCACACCGAUAAAAAAGCUGUUGAACAAGCAAUGUCAGAAACCACUCAGAAUGGAGGGGACCAGACUAAUACAUUCAAAGCCAUUGAAUAUGCCAGACAACAUGCUUUCUCAAAAAAAGCUGGUGGGCGACCAACAGCCUCAAAAGUCAUGGUGGUUGUCACAGAUGGUGAAUCUCAUGAUGGCUCAGAUAUGCCGGAAGUAAUAGCUAAAUGCAAUGCGGAUAAUAUCACCAGGUUUGGCAUAGCUGUAUUAGGAUAUUUAAUUAGAAACGAGAUGGAUACUAAAAAAUUAAUUGCAGAAAUCAAAGGAAUUGCUAGCCACCCUACAUCAAAAUAUUUUUUUAAUGUGUCCUCUGAGGAAGCACUUUUAGAAAAAGCAGGAACACUUGGGGAACGAAUUUUCAGCUUAGAAGGCACCAAUCAAGGUGACUUAUUCCAGAUGGAAAUGUCACAAGUGGGUUUCAGUGCUUCUUACUCACAGCAAAAGGGAGUUCUGAUGUUGGGUGCUGUUGGGGCCUAUGAAUGGACUGGAACAGUGGUCCAGAAGAGAGGAGAAAAAGACAUCAUAUUUCCCAAUACAACAUUUCAAAAUGUCUUGCAAAGAAAUCGGAACUCCUACUUAGGUUAUUCUCUUGCUGUUCUUUCCAUGGAAAAUUCGGUCUAUUUUGUUGCUGGUGCUCCACGGUCCAAUUACACUGGCAGAGUUGUGGUUUAUGAGGUUGAUGACUAUGGCAAGAUAACCAUCAUUGACUCUCAAAGAGGAGAACAGAUUGGUUCUUAUUUUGGCAGUGUAGUAUGCUCUGUUGAUGUUAAUGGAGACUCCAUAACAGAUGUGCUGUUGGUUGGUGCACCAAUGUUUAUGAAUAAUUUAAAAAAAGAAGAAGGAAGAGUCUACAUGUUCACAGUGACAAAGGGAAUUUUGGACAAACGAGAAGUCCUUGAAGGUCCUGAAGGACUAGAAAAUGCUCGGUAUGGAUCUGCUAUCACUGCUGUUUCUGAUAUUGAUUUGGAUGGCUUUAAUGAUGUGAUAGUUGGAGCACCAUUAGAAAACCAGAAUGCUGGUGCUAUAUACAUUUAUAAUGGUAAACGAAGGAGAUUACACACUAAAUAUUCCCAGAAAAUUUCAGGAUCAAACUCUGCAUUUCCUCAGCAACUCCAGUAUUUUGGAAGAUCAAUAGAUGGUCAUAUUGAUUUAAAUGAUGAUGGAAUAACAGAUGUAUCUGUGGGUGCCAAUGGAAAUAUAAUUCAACUCUGGUCACAGAGUAUAGCCAAUGUGACUAUACAUGUUUCAUCUACUCCUACGACGAUCAGUAUACAGAACAAGAAUACAGAAAUAGAUUUAAACAUAUGUUUCAGUGCAACUUUUAGGCCUAUCCAUAGGAGUGAACAAGUGGAUAUUAGGUACAACUUAACAUUGGAUGCGGAUCUCUUAUCUUCACGCAUUACCUCUAGAGGAUUAUUCAGACAAAACAAUGAGAGGUCUCUGCAGAAUAGUAUCAUAGUCCGCUCUUCAAAGAAGUGUGUGAAUCAUAUUUUUAACAUCCAGAACCCUUCUGAUGCUAUUGACUCCUUUAAUGUGCGCGUUGAUGUUGGGCUCAAGAACCCCAAUUCAAGCCCUGUUCUUGAUAAAACGUCUCCUACAUGUCUUGUUUACAGUAUACCAUUUGUCAAAGACUGUGGUGAAGAUGAAGUUUGUAAGACGGAUCUCAUUCUUGAAGUUGAACCGAAAAAUAUUGGGAACAAGCAAUAUGUUCUUGUCACCAACAAAAACAAAAGACUGAUAUUUGGUGUGAAGUUGAAAAACUUGGAUGAAAAUGCAUACAACACCAGAAUUCAAGUGGCUUUUUCUGAAAACUUGCUUUAUGCUUUUUAUGUUUCAGUGGUGGAUGAAACUGAAGUUUCAUGUCAGAUGGCAGGUGUCCAUCUUGUCUGCCAAAUCAGCUAUCCUGUUUUUAAAGCAGGGCAAGAGGUAUCCUUUGACAUUAAUUUUGACUUCAGUUUGAAAAUUUUUCAGAAUGUGGUAUUACUACAUUUUCAAGCUUUGAGUGCAAGUAAUGAAGAAGAUUAUACAAACAAUCAAGUGAACCUAACACUUCCAGUUCGUUAUGAUGCAGAACUUCACUUAAUGAGGUUUACUAGUAUGGACUUCUAUGAAGUAUAUUCUAAUCAUAACGUUUACUCCAUGGUGAAUAAUUUCGAUGAAAUUGGACCUGCAUUUAAUUUUUCAGUUAAGGUCACAAGAGGAAAUAAUCCAAUCAAUAUGGCAACUUUAAAAAUCCAUAUUCCUAAUCAGACUAAAGGGAAUAAUCCUUUGAUGUAUGUGACUGCAGUGCACACCAGUCAGGGCAGUGACAUCAGCUGUCAUGGACCCAUCAAUCCACAUAAAAUCGGAUCACAAGGCUACGUUGCAUCAUUUUGGAAAGAAAACUUCAAAGAUUUGAAAGAAUUGAACUGUAAGAAUGUCAGAUGUGAUACAGUCAUCUGCACGUUAAAAGAUAUAUCUCUGAAACCUGAAAAUUAUGUUAAUAUUUCUACUAGAAUCUGGAAUGGGACAUUUGCAACUUCAACCUUCCAGAAAAUAGAAUUAUCUGCCAGCGCAGAAAUUGAUGCCCAUGAUUCCGAGCUGUUUAUAACAGGAGAAAGUUCUUUAUCAAUUCCAAUUACAAUAAUCAAACCUGAUGAGAAAGCAGAAAUACCAAUUGGAAUUGUAAUAGCAAGUGUCCUGAUAGGCCUGCUCUUGCUAAUAAUUCUCACUGCUGUUUUAUGGAAACUUGGCUUCUUCAAGAGAAAAUACAAGAAAAUGGGAACAGAUUUGGAAGACAUGGAUGAGAUUACAGGACUUACUAAAGACAGAGAAUAAAUACAGCAAAAAUAUUCCUGGGUGUACAAAUCCUGAGUCACAAGCAAUGCUUGCAAUCACACUGUUUAAGUGCCUUGUUAAAAGGUUUUACACUUUUUAUAAGUGAAAAUAUUGUACAUAUAACUGCUGGUCAGUUUGGGCUUUUGUUUACAGUUGUAUAAAGGUUUUGUUUUUGUA